UUGUGUUUGUAUACAGUCGCAACUUCAUAGAACGGAUGUCGUAUACUUAAAUCAUUCUCACGGACGAUGUUUUUCGUCUUGAAUUUACAAUGUUAAACCUUUGAACGCGUUCUUGUGGAAGAGGAUUCAAGCGAUACGACUUUGUACGAGGAGUGUGUUUAUGCAGUAGAGCUGUAAGUGGUCAGAUGAGGGUGUUGGUGACUGGAGGCUCUGGCUUGGUGGGGAUGGCCAUCCAACGUGUGGUCCAAGAGGAAAGGGCAGGCUGCGAAGGUGAAGAGUGGAUCUUCCUGUCCUCCAAAGAUGCCAAUCUCACGAGCAUGAAAGAGACGCGGGAUCUGUUCAAGAAACACCAGCCAAGCCAUGUUAUCCACCUGGCUGCCAUGGUGGGAGGACUUUUCAAAAACUUGAAGAGCAACCUGGACUUUUGGAGGAAUAACAUCCACAUCAAUGACAAUGUGCUGCAGGCUGCACAUGAAGUAGGUGUGGUUAAGGUCAUUUCCUGUCUGUCCACCUGCAUAUUUCCGGAUAAGACCACAUAUCCCAUCGAUGAAACGAUGAUCCAUAACGGCCCACCUCACGAGUCCAACUUUGGCUACGCCUAUGCAAAAAGAAUGGUAGAUGUCCAAAACAGGGCCUAUUUCCAGCAGCAUGGUCGUCACUACACGGCUGUGAUCCCCACUAAUGUGUUUGGUCCCCAUGACAACUUCAGUAUCGAAGAUGGUCACGUGCUGCCCGGCCUAAUUCACAAAACGUACAUUGCCAAAAAGGAGGGGAAGCCGUUGGUGGUCUGGGGCUCCGGCACUCCCCAAAGGCAGUUCGUAUACUCUUUGGAUUUGGCACGCCUCCUCCUGUGGGUUUUGAUGGAAUAUCCUGAGGUUGAGCCCAUCAUCCUUUCCGUUGGGGAGGAAGACGAAGUGUCAAUCAAAGACGCAGCAGACGCGGUUGUGCAAGCACUGGACUUUAAAGGCCAAGUGGUUUAUGAUAAGAGUAAAUCAGACGGCCAGUUGAAAAAGACGGCCAGCAACGCCAAGCUGUGCCGCUAUCGCCCGGAUUUCCGCUUCACGCCCUUCAAACAAGCUCUCAAGGAAACCUGCGACUGGUUCGUUACAAACUACGACACAGCUCGCAAGUGAAACCAGUGCUCGGGUGUGGACGAAAACAAUCUGUGAGCUUGCUGGGAUAGGGACCAGAGAGGUGACGGUCCGGUACUUGCCUGGCUGCAGAGAACAAGGUGCCCCUGAAAGAAUGCUACACACAAACCUCAAUUUUAGUGCCACGGGUGCUUCAGAUUCAUUCUUUGUGUUUCACCGCCACAUUUGCACAUUAAAAGGACCUGCGCUU